AUGAAGAGAAUCCUAAUUACUGGAUCUCCAGGAGUCGGCAAGACAACUCUUAUCAAGAAGAUUGCGGAAAAACUGAUAUCUGAAGGAAUUACUUGCAAAGGAUUUUACACUGAAGAAAUCCGACAAAAUAACUCUAGAAUUGGUUUUGAUAUAGUAACUUUGGCAGGAAACAGAGCCCCACUAGCUAGAAAAAGUUCUUCAACAAGCGACGAACGGUUACCAAGAGUAGGACAGUAUGUGGUCUACAUAAACGAAUUUGAAAAGUUAGCUUUGCCAGUUGUUGGAGACACAUCCUCUAAUGGCCUAUUAGUUAUUGAUGAAAUUGGAAAAAUGGAAUUGUUUAGUAAGAAGUUCAAGACUGCAGUCACAACUGUUAUGAAAACUAGAAAUUUGAAUGUAAUGGCAACUGUACCAGAAAAAAGUAAUAUCCUUUUAAUAACACAGCUGAAAGAAGACAAGGACAUUGAAUUGAUAACAGUAACCCCUACAAAUCGAAAUAGUCUUGAAGAAGUGUUACUGCAAAAACUUAUAUCUAAGGAUAAUUGA